ACAAAAACAAUGUUCUGUCUUGACUGUUCUGUGUCCCUUCUCUUGUACUUCAAUAUUUGGAGGGGUUUUUAGCUGGCUCAAAUGGAAGCCAAUAUUUUCCAGACAAAAAAGUAACUAAAAAUUCAGCACAGUCCACUUCAUGUAGAUUAACUUCACCUGAUUGUUUGUCUGUUCCUGACACUUGGGAAGUGAUUGUGGCCACAGCUGAUGUAAAGGGGGACGUCUGGCCUUUGACAGAAGAAACAAUGAGUUUAGACACUGCAGGAUAGCAUACCUUGGGCUAAGAAGCUGACAUGGUCAAUUUCGGCCACUUGCAGAAUAUAAAAUAACUGCAUCCAGUUAAAAAAAAUUAUGAUCUAGAAGUAGAGAUGCCAAAGCAAACUGAACAGUGACUCCUCCAUAUUUAUAUUCUUUAUAAUCCACUGUAACCAGAAACUCCACAUUUAAAAAUAUCCCUCUUUUAACCAGAAAUGUAACAGGAUAACCAUUUAAAUAAUUAAUAAGCCUGGAGUAUUGUGGGUUAUCGAUUAUCAUGAGUGGUUACAAGCAGGCUCCUGGAGGGUUGGGAGCCGGUACAUCCUGGGAGCCAGCUUGAAAGCAGUCUCCUGGGAAACUGACAGCUGCCCCGUGCUGCUGCCUCUUUACCUGGGAGUGGGGCCGGAGCCUGUGUGUAACCAGUGAAUGAACACUUCAGUAAGUAGAAUUACUUGAAGAAAUCUUGAAACAAAACCAAGGUGUGUCAUUCUUUCGGAACACCUAAAAUCUGUGAUGCUGUGGAAAAAUGUGGUUAGCAUCUCCUGUUAAACAAAUGAUUUGAACAUAAUUCCUCGUGAUGGAGGCAAUACUAUAUGCUCUUCUACCACAAAGAGAACAUUGAAGAGCAUCCUUUAGCAAACAAGUUGAAUGUUCAUGCUCCUCUGAGUUGGGAUAUGGCCAAUAUUCAUUCUGGUGCCUUCCAAAGAACAAGUGAGCCAACAGAGGAAGAAUCAUAAACCAGGGAAUGCAGCGCUCCAUUGCUGUGCCCAUUUCUUGCAGGCUUAGCGAACUCUAAACAAAAAGUGGAUGGGUGGGAUGGAUUACAGAGUUCCUGGGGCAGUGAGCAAUGGAGAGACAAUACCUGCUCAUCCGGGCAUGGAAAAGGAGAAAGAAGAGGCUACUCAAACACUGGAACGAGGCCAUUGGAACAACAAACUGGAAUACGUACUAUCUGUAGCUGGGGAGAUUAUUGGCCUGGGUAACGUCUGGAGGUUCCCUUACCUAUGUUACAAGAACGGUGGAGGUGCUUUCUUCAUCCCCUACCUCAUCUUCCUCUUCACCUGUGGGAUCCCGGUGUUCUUCCUGGAGACAGCACUAGGGCAAUACACCAGCCAGGGAGGGGUCACUGCCUGGCGGAAGCUCUGCCCUCUCUUUGAAGGAAUAGGUUAUGCCUCCCAGGUGAUCGUCAUACUCCUGAAUUUCUAUUACAUUAUCGUCCUGGCCUGGGCCUUGUUUUACCUCUUCAGUUCCUUCACCAUAGACCUUCCAUGGGGCAGCUGUGACCACGACUGGAAUACUGCGAACUGCGUGGAAUUCCAGAAGGCAAACGCCUCUCAAAACGUGACGACUGAAAAUGCCACCUCCCCUGUCAUUGAGUUCUGGGAGAGGAGAGUGUUAAAGAUUUCCGCUGGCAUACAGCACCUGGGGAGCCUGCGCUGGGAGCUGGCUCUUUGCCUCCUGCUCGCCUGGAUCAUCUGCUACUUCUGCAUUUGGAAAGGCGUCAAGUCCACAGGGAAGGUGGUGUAUUUCACUGCCACAUUCCCAUAUCUCAUGCUGGUCGUUCUGCUGAUCAGGGGAAUCUCUCUGCCGGGGGCUUUCCAGGGGGUCCAGUUCUACCUUUACCCAGACCUCACUCGUCUCAUGGACCCUCAGGUGUGGAUGGAUGCGGGCACGCAGAUCUUCUUCUCUUAUGCCAUUUGCCUGGGGUGCCUGACAGCUUUGGGUAGCUACAACAAGUACCACAACAACUGUUACAGGGACUGCAUUGCCCUAUGUUUUCUCAACAGUGGUACGAGUUUUGUGGCUGGCUUUGCAAUCUUUUCCAUCUUGGGCUUUAUGGCACAGGAACAAGGUGUGCCUAUUUCUGAGGUAGCUGAGUCAGGGCCUGGCCUGGCAUUUAUUGCAUAUCCUCGAGCUGUCGUCAUGCUGCCUUUCUCCCCACUCUGGGCCUGCUUCUUCUUCCUGAUGGUGGUUCUGCUGGGACUAGAUAGCCAGUUCGUCUGUGUGGAGAGCCUGGUGACCGCUGUUGUCGACAUGUAUCCCACCAUCUUCCGGAAGCAAAACCGCCGUGAGACCCUAAUCCUGUUUGUCUCCAUCUUCUCCUAUCUUGUUGGACUGGUCAUGCUCACAGAGGGUGGGAUGUACGUCUUCCAGCUCUUUGAUUACUACGCUGCCAGUGGCAUGUGCCUGCUCUUUGUUGCCAUCUUCGAGACGCUGUGUAUCGGCUGGGUGUAUGGUGCUGAUCGUUUCUAUGAUAACAUUGAAGACAUGAUUGGUUACCGGCCGUGGCCUGUCAUCAAAUACUGCUGGCUCUUCAUCACGCCAGCUGUGUGCCUGGCCACCUUCUUGUUUUCUCUGAUUAAAUAUACCCCUCUGACCUACAACAAGAAGUAUGUGUACCCGUGGUGGGGAGACACCCUGGGCUGGCUGCUGGCCCUCUCGUCCAUGGUCUGCAUCCCUCUCUGGAUUGUCUACAAGCUCUCCACGAUCAAGGGCUCCCUGAGAGAGAGGUUCCACCACUUGGUCUGCCCGGAUGAGGACUUGCCUUUCAGUCUAGGUGUAGGACAGGCCCUGCCUUCCACUCGAUCGGGCCUCCUGAUGCUGACAGAGCUAGAGUCCCACUGCUAGGGCCACCGCGCCCUCCCCCCCCCCGGCUUGUUUGAUGCAUCCCGUCUCGCUGUCGGAUGACUCGAGGAUUCUCCAUUUCCCGAGGGGAGCAGGACUUGUGAGCUGAUCUCUCUUCCCCUGGAGGAUUUGAUGGGCUCAUCUGGGGCUGCCAUAGAAGGGUCUCCGUGGUCAGUGUGGAGUCAGCGAUGCACCUUAUUUGCCUCCUGGGGAGCACAUACUGGAGCUGAUUAAAACAGCUGAGCGUACCCAGUGCUCCAGAAGAUAGGACAGGAGAGACUCAGCCCUGGAGCGGAGAUGGUCGAAGGUCACAGAGACUUAGAGGACCUCUCCGUUCAUUCCAUUAAAUCCUUUAUCUUGUCUCUCCUGAGUGGCACGGCCUCGGUUUUGUCUCUCUUGAUUUUUCUUUGUAAAGGAACUCUCCUCAUCAUUGCUCCUGGAAGUGCUGCAUUUUUCCAGAGCUACCCAAAGCUUAAUCGGUCAGGACCAUCCUUCUGGGCCAGGGCUAUGGGUAUUUUGGUGGCUCAAGAAGUCAAAUAAUUGUCGGUGGUGGUGGAGGUGGCUAGUCUAAAGGGGAAGUCACACCAAAUUGUAACUUCCCCUCACUAAUCUCCCAGAAUUAAAGAAAUAUUGUACACCAGCGUUUUUUAAACUGUGUUCCGUGGCGCGCUGGUGUGCUGCGAGGCAGUCGGAGGUGUGCCACGGAGA